UGCUCUGCUAUAUAAUCCAUCCCUGUCACUUUCGGAAAUGCUGCUCUGGCCCCUUCCCCUUCCCUGUAGCAGCAUGCGGACAUGUGGUAGGUAAUUAGCCUGUUAGACUACAACUCCCAGCUCCCCCGCUGCCAACAAGUGGGAGCAGAUCAGCUCUGUGCCAGUACUUGUAGCAUGUGUAACUGUCAGCGAACAAAGUUGAGAAUAGGAACAUUUUGGGCUCCUGGUCUCCGCACAAACCCACGUGUAUAAGGACAGCUCUGUAAUCGUUCAGCUAAUGCUCAAAUGCGGCUGCUUUGGCUCUCGGGUCAUGUCGGGAGUUGUAGUCGCAAGUGAGACAUCCCACGUAUCCAUCCUUGCAGGCAGAUCAGCAGCGUAGCUAAUACUUGUGAACCUCCAAAUGCGGUGACUCAAUCGAAAAGAAAAAAAAAAGUUGUGACUCAGUAUGUCACUCACAUUUCCUACUUUAGAGACUUUCCAUAGGAUCAGGGGAAAACCCAGAGAUAAGCCCCUGAUCCUUAGCCCCCUACUUGCACUGCCCAUAGACUUCAGCGGCAACCUCCGUGCUUGCUCAUUCAGUGAAACUCCACGCACUUUCCUCAGGCCGCUCUGAUUGGCUGAGAGCGGAGAGGCAUAGGCGCUGCUAUUUAAGUCAUGCCUAGUUUUGGGACAAAUUUAAAGUAAUCUCCUCAACCAUCAGCCAUACAGACGUCUCUGCCCCAAAGGAAUUGUGACUACUUGGAGGAUGGGGUACUUGCCAGGAAUUGUGCAACUGCUGAUUCUCCAGUGCUGGUGUCUGUUGAUUAUAACAGCAAUGCCAUUAGACUUUAAAGGGAAUAUCUGCUCAAACUCCAAUGACUGCAAUGAUAACACCACCUACAUUUGGCACCAGAUCCAUAACAAGAUAACAGAGCUGGCGUCAGGAGCAAGACAUCUUUUUGAAAAAUAUACUGAAGUUCAAGGCUUAAGUGAUAAAGUUGACCAGAUCUGUGAUCCGGUGAUUGUACACUUUCCAAAGUUUAAUGCAACCAACUCUUCAGAGAAAGAAAAGGCUAUUGAGCUUUUCAGCAUCUUCAGUUAUGUCUCUACUGCCCUCAGCAACAUCACUAAUCUCCAGAACAAAAUCAGUUCCAAAAAAACCCCACUACUUAAUGAACUGGAAAAAACUUUUAGCGGAGUCAAGGGAAUUCUAUCCAAUCUCUCCUGUUUUCUUUGCAAAAAGUACCAUGUGACUCAUGUGAGUGUGCACUAUGGCCCUCCUUUACCAAGUGGUAAGUUACCUCAAAAAGCACAUGGUUGCAAAGUUCUUAAAAAAUACAAACAUUUCAUCCACCAAGCAGUCAAUGCAACUAUAAUCAAUCAACUGUAUGAGAGUGGAACACAAAAUCCUUCAGUGCCUUAGAUUUCAGCCACUAUGAAAGUAGCUUACUUGGGACAUACUGCCGGGGUUUAGAAGCUGAGGUGGCACAAGCCCUGGAGGACUAACUAGGCCAAAGGAUAAUAUAGUGAUAAGAGUGCCAAUUAGACACUGAAUGACUUCAGGGCGUAUCUCAUAAAGCAAAGAGCCAGCUGGUAAAGGCAGAAGAGUAAAGGCAUCAUGGGAAAGGAUGUAACUAAGCACCAAUGACCUGAAAGAGAUUGCACUUAAUAAUGGAUUACUAAGAAAUAUGGAUUAUUUAAAUUAUGUUCAACACUUCCUGUUUCAAAUUAGAAAAAUAUUGAAGUCUUCCAAAGAAGAGGAAAAAUGAAGAGAUAAAAAUACAUGUCCUAAAAAUUUCACUCUACCCUUGUAGUAGUGCUGUCAUCCAUGUUCAUAAAUGAGACCCAAAGGGUAAUUAGACAGGUUCGUUUGAUUCCAAAUCUUGCUCUUAUUCAGAGACCGAAGCACUUAAAAACAUCAUCAGCCUCAGUUGCACCAAAAAUAGAGACACUAGUGAUGGUGUCAGAUGGUUUGCAGAUAUGGUAACCAAAUGGGUGCAGAGGAACCAGCAAAAGUUUUUGUAUGAAAAUUGUACAUUCCAUGUUUAUUUAUGUAUUUAUUAUAGUUGUAUUUAAGUUAUAUUAUCCUUUUGUAUCUUUUGGUCUCUGGGAUUGUUUACAGCGCUCAGUUUAUUUUUGUUUUUUAUUUAUUAACCGAAAAUGGAUUUAUUUAAGUUAUUUAUUAUUUAUAUAAUUUAUGUUGUGGUCAGUAAAAUUUGUAUAUUUACUAUAUAGAGGCUGAAAUGAAAAUAAUUAAUACAGGAACCUAAUACUGUAACUACAUCUCUAUUGAGGUGGCAAUAUGGUUAAUAUGCUUUCUGUGUGCAUUUUGUAACAAAUCGGUUACAAUUGUGGCGAAAAUGUUCCUUGUUGGGAUGUUGCCAUUUAUAGGCCUCACCAUAAAAGUAGUGUCUGUGCCUGAUUCUUUAGGCGUAGGUGCAUUGACCAACACUUGUUAUAGCUACUAGAAUUACUACAGCCUAUGUCUCAGAAUGUCCAAAUCUAAAAAUCUAGUAUGUGCUGCCUGAUUAAAUUACCUGAAUCUUUUUUUCACUAGCAGUUAAUUGGUUUCAUAUAAAAAAAAACUACUUUAUUCUACCUAUAUUGCUCUUUCCCUACUUGUGAGCUCAUUCAGCGGCUGUAUCGGUAAAGCUAGUAUUAACCACUUGUCAUUAUAAACAUGGACUGUACAUAUAUGCACAUAUGCAUAUGCCUUUAAAGUAAAACCAAACAGAAUGUUACAUUAUUUCCAAUGUGUUAUGAAACUGAAUAUUUAUAAAUAUUUAUUUUUGUAUUUUUGUAUUUUUUCAAUAAAAAUAAAAUAUUUAUUUUUGAUUA